UUGAUAUUUCCUUUCCAGGUCCGUUUGGUGGUCAGCGCGGAAACAACAUUAGACAAACUUUUUCAACUGAAUGUUGAUACUGAAGAAGGGAAUGGGCUUAGUGAUCUACAAAGAGUGGUAAUGGACGAAUUGAGCCAAGAUGACCCCAGUGUUGACGUGCGGGCUAACGUGUUUUCUGGGGAAGAAGAACUCUUUGCCUACGAUAGGACAGUGUCGAGGCUUUACGAGAUGCAAAGCUCUCACUACUGGAACGCGAGGAAGCCCAGCAGCACAUCAUAG